AUAAAUAAAUAAAUAAAUAAACAAAUGAGGGAGUUGUAACUGAAGGGGAUUUUUGUGUAAAUGUGAAAUUGGUAAAUAUUGAGUGCACAGCACUGUCGGAAUUCCCCAAACAAGCCUCGGAUAUGAGUUAAGACCAUCUUUAUCCUGUGCUAAAAAGCCGUCGUGUAUGAUAAAGUUACGAACAUACUAGGAGUGGCAGCAGAGGUAGCAGCAGGGUAACGUGUUUACAGCAGGAGGUAGUUACACAGACAAAGAUCAGCACAGUCGACAUUCCCCGUGCGGAGAAAGCCGAAGCUGCUGGACUAGCUCAUCAGGAUGAUUCCUGUGGUGCCCGAGUUGUUCACUCAUGUCUUGACUGAGUUUGACAGUUUUGACCCUUUAAUUUCUGCCCUGCGCCUCGAUUCGGGGAGACUCAAGUGCACAUGCCUUGCAGUAUCACGGAAAUGGCUUGCUCUUGGCACCUCAGCAGGAGGCCUGCACCUCAUCCAGAGAGACGGAUGGAAACAGAGACUUAUCCUCUCCCACAAGGAGGGUUCACUCACACAUAUAGCAUGUUGCCCUCAUGAUGAAGACUUUAUUGCUGUAGCAACAAGUGAGGGUCUUGUAGUGAUUUGGGAGCUGCAGGUAGAGCGGCGAGGGCGUCCUGAGCGGGCCUGUGUAUCAUGGGAGCACCGUGGCCAGGCCAUAACAGCUCUGUGCUGGGACACAGCAGCCUUACGAGUGUUUAUUGGAGACGCAGCAGGGAAAGUGUCCUUUGUGCGUGCUGGUACCUCCAAACUCGGCAAGGGUUCGGCAUUUGUGAUCUUCCCGGUUCAGACCAUCACGACAGUUGACUCUCGCGUGGUGCAGUUGGGAUACCUGGAGGGUCAUCUGCUGGUCUCUUCUCUUAGCCGCUGCUACCUCUGUGACACCGACAGGGAGAAGUUCUGGCGAGUGGGGAACAAGGAGCGUGACGGAGAGUACGGAGCUUGUUUUUUGCCGCAGCAUCAGACCGGAUCGAGGACACCAGGCGCAGGCACUGCCCAUCUCGUGUACUGUGCUCGGCCGGGCUCACGCAUUUGGGAGGCCAACUUCAGCGGAGAGGUGCUCAGCACCCAUCAGUUUAAGCAGUUGCUUGCCUGCCCUGCUCUGCCUCUCAUCUCUUACAAGAUUGAGCCACAUUAUAACCCAGGUCAAAGGAGUCCUCAGUCCCUCACGUUUCCACGGCUACUUCACCUCAGUGAUCAUAACCUCCUGACAUGGACAGACUCUGCCAUUUAUAUCUUUACACCUCACAGUGGGCAGGUUUUGCUGUGGACCAAAAUAAAAGAUAUUGUAGACGUGGCAGUGUUUCGCAAUGAGCUGUUUUGUCUCCAUGGUGAUGGGCAUCUGUCUCACCUGCUGUUGAUGCCUGUUGAACGCUGUGUGGAGAGACUGAUGAAGCGAGAGAGCUGGACACUGGCUGCUACUGUCUGUUGCAUGUUCCAGCACGCUAUAGUAACAUGCAGGGCAAGAAAGACCAUCCCUAUUGAUCGCCUCGAACAUCUCAAGGCCCAGCUGAACUCUACCUCCCAGGAGGAGCUGAUUGGUCAGCUGGAGGCAGUAAUCAGCAAGAUGGAGCCUUUUGACUCUGCCUGUAGCAGUCGCAGAAGCAGCUUCUCCUCUCAUGAAAGCUUCAGUGUGCUGGACUGCGGCAUCUACCGCGUCAUCAGCCGUAGAGGCAGCCAGUCAGACGAGGACACCAGCUCCCUCCUUAGCCAGUCAAUGCUGGAGGAGGAAAGGAUGAAGGAGUUUAGCUUUGGUCAGGAGGAGGAGCAGGUGGAGCCUGACCCCCAGUCAUGUGUGCGUGCAGAGGGGGACAAAUCCGAUCUCUGCCUGCAGUUCCACCUCCCACUCUCAUUCCGUCCAAAACCACCACUCAUCGCACUGCAGGCUGUUAAAGACAGUGUUUCAAGCUUUGUGAAGAAGACGACGGAAAAAAUCAACAAUCUGCAGAUGAACUCUGACCUCUGGCCCCGACCGGACCAUAGGGAUGGUGGACAGGGAGAGGUCACACCCUCAGUGACUUCAUGUACAGAAGAAUUAGACAAUGAGGAGACUGGUGAGAAAGCCGAGAAGGAGUUACACGAGCUAAGGGCGGCAACGGGGAAAGCCAUCUUACAGAUCCAGGACCCUGUCGUUCUCUUGGAUACCAGGUACUUGACCGAGGUGCUCCUAGAGUGGGUCCCUAUUCUAGAAAGGGUCUUGGGUCCAGAGAACCCUACAAGCAGAGAGAGGGACAACUGGGAGAUCAAGGAAGAGGAGAAGAAGAAGAGCUUGGAAAUGGAAGACGAUGACCCAGACAGACAGCCCUGUUCAGCUGACCGUGGAGUAGGAUGCCAGACAGAAUCGGAGCACACCUCAAACCUUGUAGAGGAAGAAAGCCUUACAGACAGUACUCUCAGCUCCACUGCUUUGUUUGCAGAAUCUUCAGUAGCCAUUGUAGCUCCAGUGGCGUACACCCUGCCUUUAGACCUCCUGGAUGACCUCUCUCAACUCGCGUGCCUCUACUUGGACUUGGGCUGCCCAGGUGGAGCAGGUGACGGAGAGCUGGAAAGGGUUUGCGUGUUUCUGCGGAGGUUCUUUUUCCUGCUGGAUAAGGAGAGAGUGAGGAAGAUGUGCACUUUGAGGUUCAGGGAGCAACCAGACGUCCUAAAUACCUACGUUGCUUGCAUGCUAGAGUUUACCCAGGCCAGUAAGGUGGUGGAAGUCAUUCAGAAAGGAGAUUUACUGAAGUCACUGCGCAGUCUGAGAGAGCUGCAGCCCUGGAACGCUCCAGUGCUCCUCACACACCUUUACAGACUGUAUGAGAAGCAUGGGGAGAUGGCCGUUCGGGCAUACCCCCAGUUCUAUCCUACAAUCCUCCCCUCUGACAUCAAAGCCAUGGUCCAACCCAGUCACUUCUUGCCAUACCUAGACAACCUGGUUCAGUCCCAAGCUGAAGAACAAAGACUCUCUUUCUUAGGGUCACUGCUUCAGCCUGAGACGCUACGACAAGUUUGGUUGGACCUAGCUCUCAUCCAUGAUGCACCACGGAAAGAUGAUACGCUGACAGCUGAUGGACAACCAAAGUGGCACUCUCACUACUUCUGCUGGGGUUAUGGACGCCUGCUGUCCUUGCUGAUCCGCCUGCCUGCCGACUUAGACUCCAAACAGAAGAUGAUGGAGUCAUGCAGACUUCAUGGUUACUGGACAGGCUAUCUCUACCUGUGCAAAGAGCUGCACCGGCGCACCGAGGCUUUCUCUGCCAUCUGCAGAUUAGAUGAUAUGAGUCUACUGGAGGAACCCAGUGGUAUCGUUCCACAGACCAUGGAAGAGUGGAUGUUCCUGAUUCAGCUUUGUCAACAGAGGAACCCCACGAGCCCUUCAACAGCCAUUUCACUUCUUCCUUCUGACCCUACCGCCUGUCCGUCCACACCUAAUACAAUUAACGGCACCAGUGCCGAUAGCUGUGUGGAUAACACUAAUGGUAAAGGCAACGAUGAUGGGCCCGUUGACCUGAUCAACGGUUCGGCGGAUUGGAGCAGCCGUAUCAGUGUGGAGAAGUUGAUACUGUGCCUGGCGCGGAUUGUAGGGCCGGACCGGGCCCUAGCAGCGCUGCAGGAAUGUGGGCUGAACUCGGAGCUGAACACUCACGCUACACUGGUGUGUGAGAUCCUCAGAGUGGCAGAGAAGAGGCAGAGAGCUCUGAUCCAGACCAUGCUGGAGAGGUGCGAUCGGUUCCUUUGGUCUCAGCAGGCCUAAUGAAGAAUCCUCUUCCCUGAUCUGCUCAUGACCUUACUGCAGCCCUGCAACCACCAGGACAGUAAAGACUGCCUGUACUCUUCUAGAUUCUACACUACAGACUACAUUUAUGGCAUUUGGCAGACACCCUUAUCCAGAGCGACUUCCAUUUACCUCAUUUAUACGACUGAGCAGUUGAGGGUUAAGGGCCUUGCUGAAGGGCCCAACAGUGGUAGCUUAGCAGUGCUGGGGCUUGAACUCCUGACCUUCUGAUCAGCAACCCAGAGCCUUUAACCACUGAGGUACCACUGCCCACAGUCUACUUCAUCAUAUCCCAGAGAUCCUACUGUAGGUAUAUUAAUCUCAGUGUUUGCCUGUUGGUCUGAAUCCAGUUUUGCUUUUCACUACCAGCUGAUUCAGUGUUGUUGUUGUUGUUGUUGUUGUUGUUGUUGUUGUUCAGAUUGUAGUUUAGCACUCUUUGUGCUCCAUAUAUGAGUUUUACUUUCAGAUGCACUUUCUCAAUGAUACGUUAGCAAUUAUGCUAAAUAGCUGUGUGUGAUUUUUAUAUCCAGACCAACAUGUUAGGCAAGUUUGUUUGCUAAACACUCUUGAAAAAAGAAAAAAAAAAAAGCGUUCAAAUACGGUCUUCAGAAAGGAGUGAGUCGUAUUUGUAAACCACGCACCAAACCUUUUAUGAGUUAUGUUUGUGUUUUGAUGACAUUAACAUUUUUUUUUUGUUUGCUUGUUUAAUAAUAAAUUGCAAUAUUAUUUGCUUAAAGUUAUUUAUCUAUUUAAUUGAACGUUCUUUUAAAAUAUAUGUGAACAUUUUGUGGGUCUUAAAAACAAAAACUGGAUACGAACAAAUACCUUCUAGAUGUUCAAUAGACAUUUUCAUUUGAAGAUUAUGUAAUAAAAUAAGAGUAUUGUAUAAACUUUGCUUUGUUGUCGACUUGCAGCUAUGGCAGCUGCAGCGACAAUAAUAAACAUGUCUAACCUAAGAA